AUGGACUUUUGGCUUAAUUCCUAUAGACUUUUGGUGUGCAUGAAGUGUUUGAGGAAGAUUGUGAAAGUUGCAGUUCAUCUGUGGGUGGAAGAUCCCCAAGAUGUUGUUCAUGAAGCUGAUGAUUUGCUGGACGAGCUUGUUUAUGAAAAUCUUCGAUGCAAGGUGGAAAUCGGAAAAAUGAACAAGGUAUUGGGUGGACUUGGAAAAACAACUUUGACGCAGAUGAUCUUCAAUCAUGAGGCAAUUAAAGGACAUUUUGAUAACACUAUUUGGGUAUGCGUAUCUAAACCAUUUAUAAUCAUAAAUAUUUUGGAAGGGAUCUUUCAAAGUCUCACCAAGACUUCUAGUGGCUUGAACCAUAAAGGAGUUUUACUCGAGAAGAUCCAAAAAGAGAUGCAUGGUAAAAUGUAUUUUCUUGUGCUUGAUGAUGUUUGGAAUGAAGAAAGUGGUUUGUGGGAUGACUUAGGUGAUUGUUUAAAACAGAUUGCUGGAAAAUCUGGAAAUUGUAUUAUUGUCACCACAAGGAGUUUAGAGGUUGCAAACAUCGUAGGGACAGUUCCCAGUCAUCGUUUAAAAAAAUUAUCAGAUGAUCAAUGUUGGUUUUUGUUUAAGGAAAGUGCAAAUGCGAAUCGGCUAUCAAUGAAUCCAAAGUUAGAGAUUAUUCGAGACAUGUUAGUUAAAAAAAUUGGUGGCGUACCUCUAGUUGCAAAAGUUUUAGGAGGGGCGACAAAGUUAAAAAAAUUAGUGGUUAAAUAG